CUUCUUCUCCUUCUUCUUCGCUUCACCGUCUUCGUCUCCCCCAAAUCUCUCUUCUCUCGAUCCUUCCACCGACCUAGCUCGCCGUCUCCGCCGCCAUGGAUCGAGAGCCCGAGGAGCUUCAAUUCGUGGGCUUCUUUGGAGUCUUUCAAGAAUCAUACAAGCUUGUUCUCUCAUGGCGCCGCAUCUUCUCCAAGAUCGCCCUCGCCCUCAUCUUCCCCCUUUCUCUUAUAUUUCUCUUCCACAUCUAUAUAUCCUCGAUCCUCUUCGCCAAGAUCCGCCGGAACGAGCACGAGCUGGAGUACACCCCCGAUGGCAGCGCCGCGGAGGAUCGGAUUCUGUCCCGGCUCGCCUCUGAGUGGACCUCGUACCUCCUCUUCAAGGGUGUGUACCUUCUCGGCGUCUUGGUUUUCGCCUUGCUCUCCACCUCCGCCGUUGUCUACACCGUCGCUUGCGUCUACACCGCCAAAGAUCUCACCUUUCAUAAGGUCAUGGCGGUUGUCCCCAAGGUCUGGAAACGGCUCAUGGUGACGUUCUUGUGGACUUUCUUGAUUCUUCUUGCUUAUAAUACUGUGACAUUCUUGCUGGCCAUUGCGCUGCUUGUCAUCACCGGCACCAGCACCGCCGGGGUCGUCGCUCUUGUUAUCAUCCUUCUCGCCUACUCCGCUGGCCUCGUUUACAUCAGCGUUGUCUGGCAUCUCGCCAGCGUUGUCUCCGUGCUUGAGGACUCCUGCGGCAUUGCCGCGAUGCAGAAGAGCCGGGUGCUAAUCAGGGGCAAGCUCUGGCUCGCCAUUGGUAUAUUCCUUUUGCUUAACCUUUCCUUCCUGGCGAUUGAGAUCGCCUUCAAGAAGUUGGUAGCUGAGGGCCAUAGGGCGGGGUACGGAUUUGGGCCAAGGAUUGGGUAUGGCGCUCUGUUGCUCUCCUUGCUCUGCUUGCUCAUAUUGCUUGGUUUGGUGAUACAGACGGUGAUUUACUUCGUUUGCAAGUCUUUCCACCAUGAAAGCAUUGACAAAUCAAGUUUGGCUGAUCAUCUGGAGGUGUACCUCGGUGAGUAUGUUCCUCUUAGGGGUAAGGAUGUGCAAAUGGAGCAGUAUCACGUUUGAUUCACCUGUGUAUUUGAUCCUUCUUUCAUUCUCAGCAUUACUAGCGGGUGGUAUAGUUCUGAAUAAUUUUAUCUGGCUCUUAUUCCUUCUUUCCCUGGUUCUUAGUGAAUGUAUUAAUUCUCAAAAAAAGAUGAUUGUCAGUAAAGAUACCUGCUUUCGGUGUAUGGUUAGCAUUUGGAUGUUAGACAUGAUUUAUAUAAAUGCUUGUGAUCAUUUUCUGUCA